UAGUAAUCCCCGUCUCUCCCUCUAUCCUUUUUCUCCAGCACGUAUAUCAUGAGUUUCAUUGACAAGAUGAAAAAGGCCGGCAAGAGCGUCGUGGACGCCGGUGCCAAGACCAUGCUCAAGACGGAUAUUGCCUUUUUGAAUCGUGAGAUCAAGUCUCGCAAACAGGCCUUUGGCAUUGACAUCUACGAUCUCAUGGAACGUUUGGAAACGGAAGACUCCCUGACCGUGGCGGACAAGGAAAGCCAAAUCCGUGCGUCCUUUGACGCCGCCCGUAAGGACAUUGCCGUCAUUCAGGCCAAGAAGGAAUGCAAAUCGGAAGAAGUGACGGUUCUGGAGGCCGAAACGGACGCUGCUAACGCCAGCCAAGCCAUUCCUCCCUCCAGUGGAACCGUCGUGACCAACCAGCAUCCCUCGGAAAUGUAACGCGCGGCAACGAUUCAUCACUGGAGAAGUGGUGUACGCACCACCGACAGGCACACACACACACAGUCUCCCACCUUUCCGUACACUCAAAGAAGGUAUCGAGUGGGAGAAGGUAGUCACACAUAUCGUACCGUAUUAGUUUUUCGUUUUAUUGUUUCGUC